UUGAAGGGGAAAGAUUCCGGAAGAACGGCUCCCUCUCCAAGUGUCCCCUCCAAGCGAACGCGCUUUGGACACGCAAGGGCCGCAGCAUAGGAACAGAGCGCCCUACUUGUCAAAAGCAUGCAGACCUCCUGCAGUCUGGCGUGUCGCGAUACAGCAGCUUUCGAGCCUGCAGUUCUUACCCCUCUGCAGCCUAAAAGCGUGGGUCCCAUUGGGACGGAUGCAGCCUUCUACAGCUGGCCUCAAUCCGUGCGAGCCCUGUAUCUGCUGCAGGGGCUUCAUCCCUCGCACAUGUGAUUACGCCCCGAACGUGGCUGGUGAUUUGUAGUAAGACGGAGGACGGACAAGUGUCUCGACCUCGACAACAUCAUGGUUGAUGACAACAGUAACCGGGCUACGGGCGAGAUCACACCCUCCACUGUGCCAAUCGUAUCGAGCAUCAGCUCAAAUCGAUUACACGUCAUUAUCGCUGGACUAUGGCUUUGUCUUUUUUUAUCUGCCUUAGACACUACCAUCGUCACGACCGCGCUCAUCAAAAUUUCAAGCGAUUUUGGUGCUCUGGAGCAGGCAGCGUGGCUGAUUACCGCGUAUCUACUCACAUAUAAUUCGUUCUUGAUGAUCACAGCAAAGCUGAGCGACAUUUGGGGCCUCAGGAGUCUCCUUUUACUUUGCGCGUCAAUCUUCCUGGUAUUCUCCAUGGCUUGUGGUGGAGCACAGACAAUGACUCAACUAAUCGUGUUCCGCGCUUUCCAAGGCAUUGGAGGGUCUGGUCUCUACAGCUUGACAUUCGUCACCAUCAUGAAGAUGAUUGUACCUGAGAGGAUUGGUUUCUACUCUGGCAUCGUAAGCUCAGUAUUUGCUUUGGCAAACCUGUUGGGCCUUAGGGGGGGGGGUGGUGUCAUCGCUGAUCGAACAACUUGGAGAUGGAUAUUCUUCAUGAAUGGCCCCAUUAUCGGUGUCGCAAUGGCAAUAUUGUUCUUCUCGAUGCCUGCAUUCGACGACGGUAGGACGAAUCUGCAACGCAUACGCCAUUUGGACAUAUAUGGUGGCAUCUUGUCUGUCUGCUGGCCUAUACCUCUCAUCUACGCCCUUCAGGAAGCCGGUGUGUCGCGUUCCUGGGGCAGUGGUGUUAUCGUCGGACCACUGGUAGCUGGGAUCGCUCUCCUGGUACUCUUUGGGUUGUAUGAGUUUUGGAUAUCGUCCAAGAAACAGAAAGCUUCCAUCUUUCCUGUGCAAUUUCUUCGGAAUGCACCCAUGGCGUUGACUUUGUUCCAGUUCCUCUUAGGAUUCGCCUUCUACGUUGUCUUCGUUCAGCUGCCACAACGCUUUCAGGGAGUAAACUUUACAAGCGCGGAGCGUGCCGGGAUUCUUCUGCUUCCUGCUACCGUUGUGACUCCAAUCGGUGCCAUGGCGUCUGGACUAGCAGCGAAGAAAGCACCAGUUGAGAUUGUUUUGAUCUGCUCGAUCGCGAUCGUAUGCGUCGGUAUCGGACUUCUUAGUAGUUUGCCGACGUAUUCCCACCUAUGGCCUGGACUGUAUGGUUAUGAAAUUGUUACUGGCCUUGCUUUGGGUCUUGCAAGUCCGCCAUACUUCGUGCUCGUCGCUACUUCGAUUCCAGAAAAGGACAUCGCUGUCGGUACUGGAGCACUCAACAUGGUGCGGACGCUUGGAGGAUGUGUCGCCGUCGCCAUCUGUUCUGCAAUCCACCGCGAGCAUUUGAACACAGGGUUUACCACCGUAUCAGACAACAGGCAGUUCCAAGUCAUGCUGGCGUUUACAGGACUCAAUAUCAUCGUCGCGGUCAUUUUAGCCAUCGUUCGAAAGAGAUCCGGUUUGUUCGGCCUAAUACCUGAAAGGAAAGAAGGAAACGAGUAUACAGAGGCUAAAUCGACCAGAGCGGGCCUGCAUCGAGCUCCUGAAAUCGCGGCUACACACAGACCGGAUGAUAACGCGGGCGCGUGCCUUGGAAAACAAUGA